AUGUGUGAGUAUCUCUCGCAGACCCGCAGGCGCCUACUGGAGCAGGGUGUACUUACGUCACCGCUAUCAUGCGACGAACAUAAUGCGCAAAAUUUUUCUUUACGCCGCCCGCCGCCGCAGGACUUCUAUGAGGACGCCGCCGGGACGGCACCCAAGCGCGUCUGUGCGCAGACGACGCCGCCCAAUAUCGACACACAAUAUACGAUGCCGCCGCAACCGCAGGCACAUUUGGCGCCGCUGUCGCAGAGAGACCCGCGUCGUCGUCGCCUGGCGGAUGCACCCAUGGGCAUGACGCCUACCAUGGCGCCGCCCGCACCCCACCAAGUGACGGCUUUAACAAAGCCGCAGGACGCGACGGAUGCGACUGUAGCAACAUCCGCCUCGCCCAUGAGCAUGGCGCCCACGUCGGUGCCUCUCAAUGCACCCCAAGUGACGGCUUAA